AUGCAGGUGGAGAGUAUGAAGCAUUCGAAGGACUUGCUGAGCAGAUCGCAGAUAUCAGUGGCUAGCACGUAUGGUUUUUAUCUCUAUAUUCUCUCACUCAUACCAUAUACUAGUCGCUAUGUUGACCUCCGCACUCGACAGGACCGCACAGAAAAUCAAACCGAUCAAUGGGACCUUCAGCUAGACCAGCUUGUCGAUGCUUACCUCGACUACCGUUCUCGCGACUCUGGUGACGGGAUGCCGACAUUCAAAGAUCCGGAACCACCUUUAUGCGAUUCUCCUAGUACAUUGAUCUAUCAUGGCUACAUCGGGUGCUCACCAAUUUAUCCAACAGUUGCCAUAUCACUGCGCACUCUUGCAGCCUACCGUCAAAUACAUCGAACUUGCCCUCGGUUCAGUGUCCAAGCCCAAGUCAAGAGUCUCUGUUUCCUGCAUGACUCUCCCUAUCGACCAUACCUUUGCGUGCAAUUUUCAGCCGCUUACGAUAUUUAUCUGGAAAUCAUCCACCGUGUGAAUCAGCGCCUUCGCAAGGCGCUGAAACAUGACACACCGCAUUGGCGCAUGCUUCUACAAUUCGAUUGGCUGGUGUCUAUAGAUGGCAACAAUAGUCUGAAACGGUGGGACUCCGCGAUCUACGGCUCAACCAGGCGUACAGAUUCUCGUAAGGCACGGUCGGACUACUGGCUUGACACUUGUGAUGUAGACAGGUUCAAAGAUGAAGUCAGAACACGACAGUCUGAUUAUGCUAUGCAGAGGGAUUCAGACGAUGACAACUGGACAGAUGAAACCACCGCAAACGAAGGUGCUGGGACAUUCACGUGCGUCAACCGGUGGCGUAAUGCCGGACCAGACACUCGCAAAAAAAUGUUCUCCGUAUUCGAUGAAUCAGGUAUUUUCAUCGCAGCGUGUCGUCAUCGAUUCGUUGUUCUGGCAUGCGACAUGGUCCGGAGUGGGGAAUUGGCUAAAUAUCCGCUUGCUAUUAUUGAGAAGCUCCUCGCAGUGUAUGGGAAGAAUGGCGGCUGUGCCUAUGACAUCGGAUGCGCCUUUUCGAAGACUUUAACUAACAGUUCCCUGGGAACGCAAGCACGCGAGUUAGAUUUUCGGCUCAUGGUAGGCGCCUUUCACGGACACGCCCAUAACCGCAAAUGCCAGCUAGACUGGCAUCCCAUGUACAUUCCGGGAAUUGGACACACUGAGGGCGAAGGUUGUGAACAUGUAUUCUCGUCAUCAAAUGAGCUUGCUCGCAGUACAAGACAUGCGACCCCAUUCCACCGGCGCCAGACAAUCGAGGAGCACUUCUCGUUCUGGGACGCUGACAAAUAUGCCGCGCUCAGCACGUUUCUUUGGAAUCAUUAUCGAGAGGGAUUAAAAUCGAUUCAGACGCUCACCGCCGAGCUCACAGCCAUCAAGGCCGAGUUAUUUCUUACUGAUGAAGAUUUCCCGCGAUUUCUUGAUGAAGAACGUAAUUACCUUGACAGAUUGAAGCUGCCACCAAUUUGGGAUCAACUCUGCAUACGCUACGUUGAGGUUUUGGACGAACUUGCCGAACGGCGUGCCCUCGCACAAGCUCGUAUUCGAGUUGACUCUUCAUACAUUAAGCUACAGAACGCCGAGGGACUUGUCGCGCAUAUAGAGGCUCAGUUGGCCGUGGACCAGCGGUGGGAGAUUGGUGGACUGGAGUACCAACGUUUCAAGGAAGAAGCGAGCAUGGGAAAGUAUCGCACCGCCUUAGAUGAGCUAGAGCGCCUCGUUGUGAUGAGGCUGUUCGAGCUCUCGAAACUGUCAUUAUCAGGAACCGGGUACAAGCUACGGCAGCAGAUUGGCAAAGCUCUACAACGUCGUUCAGAAGCUAUUCGCAAUGCCAUUAUUCGCUACAACACUCAAGCCGCCGGACUCAACCCACCGCGUCCGAAUAUUUCUUGGAAAGAUAUUGCUGAUUAUGGCUUUCUAGGCGAAUUUGAUCUUCUGCGUCAUUCUCGCGAUGACAUUCGAAGCAGUGAUUGGUCGAAGCCGGGUCAUCGAGAGGCCACCACGAAAUACUUCAAGCUUCAUCGAGCUCGCGAAGAAAUCACUCGUUUAAACGUUGAAGUUCGGCGCCUGCGCACCGCCAUCCAUGAUGAAGAGCUUGGGGUGUCUGACGUCAUGCAGGAACUUCUCGUUUCAGACCCUCACCUGGCCUGCGAGCUACAGCGCCAAUAUCGUUCGCGCCUGGCUAUCAAUGCAGUGCAUUGUUACCGGUUGAGUCGCAUUGAGAAACUCGCAGGUUUUUCGGGAGCCAAAGGUGUUGGCGUCCGCCUUCAGCGCGCUGGACAACCGCUGGGGAAUAUUGCGAGUUUCCAGGUCAAUUCUGAAUCCCUCGAGAACACUGACCUUGACGCCAUUGAUCAAGAAGAACAAGAUGCAUUGACGGAAGAGAUGGCUGAUUAUUUACAAUUGAUUGUUGACUGA